AUGGAGGGGGAAGCAGUGAAGGUGAAACAAGGAGCCAGGGCACUGAAGGACUCAUUUUACCUGGUUAAUUGUGUUCCAGCAGAGACUGAUGCCAGGAAUCCCAGCUGGAUGCGGGAUGCUGAAACUAAAACUCCACAAGCUUCACCCCAACGUCAGGAAGAGCUGCUGUACACUGAGGGUGGCAGGGCACUGAGACAGGCUGCUCAGACAGCUCAGGAUCCUUUCAUUGCUUUUCAUCUUGACAAGGCACUGGUAAGGAAGUACAUGAACCCUCUCCUGAUUGGGGAACUGGCACCAGAUCAGCCCAGCUUUGAGCCCAGCAAGAACAAAAAGCUGGUGGAAGAUUUCCGUGAGCUCCGUGCCACUGUGGAGAAGAUGGGGCUUCUCCAGCCCAACCAUGCCUUUUUCAUCCUCUGUCUCUGCCACAUCUUGGUGCUGGAUGUUGCAGCCUGGCUCAUCAUCUGGUAUUUUGGAGCAUCCUUGGUGCCUUUCCUCUUCUCUGCAGUGCUUCUGGGCACUGUCCAGGCCCAGGCUGGCUGGCUCCAGCAUGAUUUUGGACACCUGUCAGUCUUCAGCAAGUCCAGGUGGAACCACUGGGUGCACAAGUUUGUCAUCGGCCACCUCAAGGGAGCCCCGGCCAGCUGGUGGAACCACCUCCACUUCCAGCACCACGCCAAGCCCAACUGCUUCCGCAAGGACCCCGAUGUCAACAUGCACCCCUUGUUCUUUGCUUUGGGGAAAACCCUCUCUGUGGAGCUUGGUGUGCAAAAGAAGAAAUUCAUGCCUUACAACCACCAGCACAAGUACUUCUUCAUCAUCGGUCCCCCAGCGCUGGUGCCCCUUUACUUCCAGUGGUACAUCUUCUACUUUGCUGUGCAGCGGAAGCAGUGGGUGGACCUGGCCUGGAUGCUGUCCUUCUACAUCAGAUUCUUCCUCACCUACUUGCCCUUCCUGGGGGUGAAGGGUACCCUGGGGCUCCACCUGUUAGUCAGGUUUAUAGAAAGCAACUGGUUUGUCUGGGUCACACAAAUGAAUCACAUCCCCAUGCACAUUGAUUAUGAUAAGAAUGUGGACUGGUUCUCUACCCAGCUCCAGGCAACCUGCAAUGUUCAUCAGUCCUUGUUCAAUGACUGGUUCAGUGGCCACCUGAACUUCCAGAUCGAGCACCACCUUUUCCCUACAAUGCCUCGGCACAACUACUGGAAGGUGGCCCCUCUGGUGAAGUCCCUGUGUGCCAAGCAUGGCAUUGAGUACCAGUGCAAGCCUCUGCUCACAGCCUUCGCAGACAUCGUGCACUCUUUGAAAGAUUCAGGGGAGCUCUGGCUCGAUGCUUAUCUACAUAAAUAAGCAGCAGUGGAUCCCUGCAGAGGAAUUCCCCAGCUUUGCUGCCUCCUGUGGUGGUCACCCUGAAGAUCCUGCACUGAGGAGAGCUGGCUAAGCCAGAGGUGGGGAGGUGGUGCUGCUUAAUUCCAUGGGUGAAUGUAAUUAAUAUGAUUUUACCUUUUUUUUUUUUUUUUUUUA